UUUAAACUAUAGCGCCUCCAUAUUGAACCAGUGUGCCUUAAAAAACCGCAAACAGUCUCUCUCGCGGGGAUUAAAUAAUCUAAUUAAUCCUCGUUUUUUCUCGUCAUAAAUACGAUGAAGAUUUCCGAGUGAAUUUACUAAGGACUAGGACAGCGCGAAAAACGUCCGUACUGGAAUUGAUCAUUCUCGAUCGGCGGAAGAGAGGGGACCCUGUCGUCUGAUUAAGAUGCGAUACGUUGUACACUUUUUGUGAGUCUAUUAAGAGCUCAGAAGACCCGGUUUGUGUUUCGGGUUGGGAUCGUACUCUUCACCUACUGCUUCAUUAGACAUGCAAGCAUGCUGGCCCGCUAUCGUGUUGUCUGCUAAUUCAAGAAGUGUUUGAGCGUUAAAUGUGACUACUUUCUUUCAUUUUGCCACCCUGUGAGCGUGCGCUUACCUGCUGAUUCCCAGUUGUGGAAUUUGAUUUGCUAACGGAUUAAACAAUACCAUCUACUGGCUAAACGGAAACAACUCACGGAUCGAUUUCAGAACGACAUCAUAUCUCUAUGGAAUUAUCAAGGAAGAAGCUGAAGACAUAGCAAAUCUGGCUCGGGACCUUUGAUGUCAAAAAAGACGACGUCAUUGGUACAAGUAGAGAAUUACAUCAGCUGAUUGACCAAUCAAACUCCCGGGGUCUUCAUUUUGAAAUCCAUUGAAUUCUAUUUCUCGCAAAAGUGAUCGUGCCGCAUGACGAUAUAUAGAGAAAUAUAUUGAACUUUUCAUCACAAGCAAGUCGCUUUGCAUGCGCGACCAGCGUUGGAGGAGAGAAAAAAUACCUUCUAAGUAAAAAGAUUUACGGUGUAUUUAAGACUUAUAAUUCAUAAAAACCUAACGGUCUGUCAACUAAGAAAGUUCAAGUGGAUUAAUGGAAUUUAAAGAAGGUAAACCGUAAACACGACUUAUGGUAACUAUUGCCAAGGUUGGAAAGUUCACUACAUGCUCAGAUUAAACGUCGAAAUAAGGUUUACCGACCAAAUCCAGAGAGCAAAAGAUUUUCUCGGAGAACCAACCUGCAAACAAUCUAACGAUAUCACAACCUUACGAGAGAACAAAAAAAAGGAUGCAUACUAUCUGGAGGAACAAAACAACGUGUCUGGACUGUGGUGUAAAUUGUCGACAGUGCUUAAAUGUUAACAAGUGAGAUUUAAUGCAUUUUGAACGGCAAAGUUCAGACACAACACGAUCAUGAAAGGAAUGCAUUUCAUUGAAAAGGGAUAGUUAAUAAUCAGGAAUAGGAUAUCCGGAAGUCUCGUUCCUUGGAUGAUAUAUAGUCGUAUGAAAUCAAGAAACGUGAUUCAGUCGAGAAAAUUCGGGUAACCAAGAGACUGUCUUCCGAACCGUCAUCAACUUACAAUUCUGGAUAUUGCAGGGGAGUUUCACUUUAAAUAAGGUCAUCGAUGUGAAAUGUUUUGUACAAUGUAUGGAUGAGGAACUGUGAGUUUUCUAAACCGAAUUUUUUGUCAGUCUGCAUUAAUUGAUUGGCAAAGAACGAUCGGUAUGGAUCAUACUCUAUCUUACAUUGACACCAACACAUCCGAUGUGUAUUCUCUCUCCAAUGAGACCGCUCAGAAUUGGAGCACGACGGGGUUUCCUCCAGAGGAAAUCCCGCAGUUCUCACCCGAGUCCCCUUACACCCCGGUUGAGCAGGCCUUUAUGCUGUUCUUUCUCAUUCUAAUGAUGAUUGGAACAAUCAUAGGGAACUCUUUGGUGUGCAUAGCAGUCGCAUUAGUGAAGAGACUUCAGACACCUUCCAAUCUUCUAAUUCUAUCUCUUGCCGUCUCGGACUUGUUAGUAGCUGUUUUAGUCAUGCCUUUAGCUGCUACCUAUGAAGCAGCGGGCCAUUGGCUUCUUGGGGAUAUUUUGUGUGAUAUUUUCACGUCACUGGACGUGAUCUUGUGUACCGCCUCCAUCUUGAAUUUGUGCAUGAUCAGUGUGGAUAGGUAUCUCGUGAUAACGCGUCCAUUCCAGUAUGCAAUGAAGCGGACACCUCGGAGAAUGGGUGCCAUGAUUGCAAGUGUUUGGGUACUGUCUGUUGUGAUCUCUAUCCCUCCACUGUUAGGAUGGAAGUCCGAGAAACCGGCCUACGUGUGUUUCAUAAGCCAAGAAAUAGGAUAUCAAAUCUAUGCAACUCUUUUGUCCUUCUAUAUUCCACUCAUGGCGAUGAUUUUUGUGUAUUUUGGAAUAUGGCGGGUAUCCUCGCGUCUGGCGAAGAAAGAGGUGAAAUCUCAGCCUGGUAGCAUUGACAGAGGAACGGAGACGCUCUAUCUCCCUUCCUACCGUACUCCAAGAAAUAGCAAAGAAAGUGAUUACGGAACCCAUCCGAACGGAAUUCUCAAAAACGGCGGAUGUGGUGAUGACUCUAGUAAGAAAAGUUCGAAAGAGGAAGAAGAAUCCAUGUUAGAUAUGCUAGCUAAUCAUAGGAAUAACAAUCGCAGGAGAUUCACAGUGAAGUCUCUGCUAAGCCGAGGAAAUAAGUCAUCACAUAAAGAAAGAAGAGCAAUAAAGACUCUAGGGGUGAUAAUGGGCGGAUUCACUGCUUGUUGGUUGCCAUUUUUUAUUCUUGCCGUCAUCCGACCAUUCUGUGGCGUGAACAAAGAAAACUGUUCCAUUCCAGGAAGUCUAAUGAGCAUAUUUAACUGGUUAGGUUAUUUCAAUUCAUUUCUGAACCCUUUGAUUUAUGCUCGUUUCAACAGAGAGUUCCGAACGCCAUUCAUAGAAAUUCUCUGCUGUAGGUGUCGUAAAAUUAACAUUCGUAUCCGCUCGGAAAGUUACGCUGAACAGUACGGCGAACCCACGACGAUUCGGGAUACGACUUUUCGCGAGAGUCUUAAACCUGUCUCGGACACCGUGGUGCGGUACGAUAGCCAGGGGAUGACGAAUGUUUACGUCGGAAACGGAAAUACCAAUAACCACGAUAAAGACAGGGAAAGUGUUGUGUAACGAUGAGUUAAACCCCUCCCUACUCCCCCAAACUCCAACUGUACUGUUACCAAACUAUUACACGUUUUUAGUUUCUUUUGCGUCCGUUUAUUUUGAGUUUGUACGUUCAGUGCUUGAGCAGCAAACGCUGAAUGUAUUAUUGACAGUCUGUAAGGAAAGUGUUCUGUUUUAGGAUAACCUUUCCCUUAUUAUCUGUGAUAUAAGAAUAUAGUUAUAAAUGUCUUGUUGACAUGUACUUGCCAAACUGCAGAAGUAAUAUAUACAAGAGUUAUUAUUUGUUUUAAUGAAACUGACUUUUUUUUUUAAAAGGAUAUUUGAGAUUAUUUAACCAUGACAAGAGUUUGCCAUUAGAAGUCAAUGCAUCAUGUACUGCAAUUCAUCCUGCAUUUGAAAUACACAAAAACAGUGAUAUUAUAGUGUUUCUGCAAUAUUAUCAUUCGUUUACAGUAGGUGGACACUGUAAGUUUGGAUGAAGGCAUUCAGACAUUCAUUUGUAUAUCGACAGCCUAUCACACACGAUUAGAAUCUUAAGUCUGUUUCCUACAAUGCUUUCGUUUUGUUAAAUUGUCUGGAAAAAUUGCAAUAUCUACCAUUUACACUUUUAUCACACGUAUUAAUGUCGUGAAAUGGACAGGGCCGUUGGCCAUUAGGAUUAUUAAAGACAGUUUCCAAAUACUACUAAAAGCAGCGAGCGAAAGAAACUUGUAUUUAAAAAUCUGUGUAAGCCACUUACUAAGAAGGAGUGUUACUCUAAAUUUGUUGUACUCGGAAUUAUUUUCUAGCUAGACAAAACUAAAUUAAGAACAUUAUAUUACUAACAGGUCAUUGAAUUGAUACUUGCCCGUCGUCAAAGAGCGACGCCAAUAGAUUAAAUGAUUAGGUCUGGUACAAACGAAUUCUUUUCAAUAAGUCUAAAUCAUGUUUUACAAAUCCCUACUGGAUUAUUGUUAUUUAAAGUUAAUUUGGUCCACAAUUUUUAACCACUGCAAAGACCGGUUUGAUAACUAUGUAACUUUGAAAAUAAACGUAUAACAAAUGCUCCAAAAAUAAGACCCUCCCCAAAAAACAUGAAAAGCAUCGAAAUUUCAAAAUAGUACCAGAUGGGGUUUUUUACCCGGGCUUCAAUAAGUGAGGUAUUUAGGCCAAUCCUUCCACUUAUUUAGUAUUGUAUUAUCAAACAAACCCCUUGCUAUUUCUAAGCGGAUUUUAGCGUAUAUUUGGUAGAUGGCUCUUUUCACGGAACGUCCCGCUACAAUGAAUUAAAUAGAGAGAAAGUUCUGCAUGGCAUCAUACAAGUAGUUAAACUAUUUCGAUCUUUCAUUUAUUAUAUAAAAAAUUCUAUGCGAAUAAAUUGAUCAAGCUGCAUGAAGAGGAUAAAUAGGUCAAAUGUCCAUUUGUAAUAUGGUUCAAUCCUUCUGCUCAAAUCCAGACAAGCAAUUCACCAGCAAUAUCAAUCCAAACAACCUGCAUUUAUUUAUUUACAUUUUUUCACUCAUAUUUUACUGCUGAACUGUUCUUGUCAUGUUGUUAUGUUGUCAUAUUGUAAAUUUUUUAUUCACUGCAACCUAGUAAAUUCAAAUUAACAAUAUGACAUUUUCAUCACGAAAUUUAAAAUGCUCGUUCUUUUCAUUUUGUCGAUUCCAAUAAAGCUCAUUAUUUAUUUUUCUGAUUUACAUGUAUUAUUUAUAGGAUUUUUUUUUGUUUAUUUAAAGCAUAAUAUGAAUUAUUUUAUUGUAAAUAUUGUACAUAAUAUUUAUAUUUAUGUUGUUAAGAUAUGAAAUCAUCCUGAAAUCCGUCGGUAUCUAAUUCACAAAGUGAAUUCACCUUGCGUUCCAAUUCUCAAUGAUUGUUUUGUGAAAACCAGUCUUUAGUUUCAUUUUUACUUUUUUAACAAUUGAUGAAUUUUCUGGACUAUUGGGGCUGAAUCAGUUGUUCACUGUGCUAAUACUCAUUUUUAUUUGAUAAUUUAUCAGCCACAUGAAAACUAAUCUAUUUGUUAAAUUUAUUUUUUCCUUGAUAAUUAAAAGAAGUUCACUUAUAUCUUUAACUCUAUUUCAAAAUGAAGCUUAGGUGAUUUUUUGAAAUAAAAGUGACAUGUCCUUUUUUUUUUGGUACCGAAAAGAUAACUUAAAACAAGUUAAACACAAAGCAAUGACUGGUUACUAUGUGUUUGAAAUUGUCUUGAUUUCAUUUUCCCCAUUUUUAUCAUUGUUUUGACUGGUAAUUCUCAGUACAAAGAGUGCUUUUGUAAAAAACACAAAUGCAUUUAACAAUACUUGUUGCGCCAAAAUAAUGAAAUAAAACAAAAAUAUAUUGAUAA